AAUUUACUAUAAACACGACCAAAAGUUCCAAGCUCUUCCUUCAACCACUUCCAAAACCAAUCUCUAUCAAGCGUGGUGACGUCAUUGCCUUCCACGUGACAUCCAUAGCAACCGUUGUUACCUCACAACAUAAUGGCUCCUACAUAUUGUUCUACUGUGGUCAGAGAUUUGGCUUUGAUGAUAACAUCAUGGUCUCGAACGCCACCAAGCAUAAUAUUAUGUUGAUUUCUUUCCGAUUUUAUAUGACCACCCCUGUCACACUGAAUAUCCCCAUUGAACCAAAGUUACCGAGGGUGUAUUUGGCAUAUAACGUUUCCAGCUUGCCUGCAUUGGAUUUUGAAGAAAUUAGAGAGACGGUUGAAGUACAGGUAUAAGAUAUUAUAUAAUAACUACAGUGAAACACGCAAUUUGAUUGGUCAAUAGCCGUGCAGGAUCAGGCUGUCUUGCACGAGGAAUUAAAAUGCUUUCACGGGAUUUUUGCGGGAUUCUCAAAAUGUCAUUGUUUCACUGUAUUUAUUUUAUAAAACAAUUACCAAAUGGUUUUCCAAGCAGGAUAGCGUGAUCAAUGCACUUGGGAUGUUGCUCGACUUUCGGAAAGCGUAAAAAUACACUCACCUGCGGCUCGAGUAUUUUUACACUUUCCGAAAGUCUCGCGACAUCCCUCGUGCAUGGAUCACGCAAUCCUGCACGGAAAACCAUUCGGUAUUCCUUUAAAGUAGUAUGGAACAACAACUCGUAACAACCUUGUUGAUAUCAUCAGACUUGUUGCAAGGUUGUUCCAACAAGUCCGAUACAGUCAUGAUAUAACAAUAUUGCUACAACCUUGUGUCGUCAACCUUGUAACAUUCUUGUUAUAUCAUGACUGUAUCAGACUUGUUAGAACAUCCUUGUAACAAGUCUGAUAAUCCCAUCAAGCUUGUUAUAAGUUGUCAGCAGCUUGUUCCAAACUUGUUACAACAACUGGGAACAAGUAGUGCGAACACAACUUGUCGACAGCUUGUGAACAGAUUUGUAACAACUUGUUUACAGACCUGUAACAACUUGUGUGUUUUUUACGUGUGUAGACUAGGAAAUAUUGAAACUUUCUAAUUCCUCGUUCAUUUCCUACAGCAACGGAUAUCUGGUCUGGAAAUUUUGUCGCCCUUCACAGACGUGUACUACCCAACCCUUGAGAAUAUCUCAUUUUCAUUCAAUGUUUCCAAUGGAACAAAUGUCACCUACACUGUCGACCCUGGCGAUGGAACUAUACUUCCAAAUACAACCUUGAAUCAUUUGAAUUACAGUUACGAAGAUGGAGGUAUGUGAAAAAAUGUAGAUUUAUGACGCGAGGUGUGGUGUAAAGCCUGGUGAACUCUAAGGGAACUGGAACGAUAACUUGGCCGCCAUCUUUGAAGCCACUCAUGAUGGCCGCCAUGUACGCCUCCGAAAAGACAUCUUGUUUUUGAGCACUAAUAGCUGUAUUUCAAAAAGGAAAAAAGCUAAAAACUUUCAACAAUACCUGAAAUUUCAUACAAAACAUGUUUCCAGAACGUAGAGCAGUUUUUAAGUUAUUUUCUCAGGAGUCAAAGAGCGAAGUUUUUUUUUCGGCACGUUCAAACUUGUGUAAUAUUUUGAAUAGGAAACUGUUACCCAGGACGUUUUUGCUGUUAGUGGUGUAAUACUUAGAACUAUGCGGGUUUGACUGCUGCCAACUCUCAUGCAUCCUUCCUUGACCGGGGCUUAAAUUAUUCCUUUUUGCGUUUUCAAGAUUGAGGUUGGUUUGAUAUAUAAAUGACACAACAUGUGUGAUAUUGCACAAUGUGUUCAUGAAUUAUCAGUAAUCUUUGGAGUUUUAUUUAAAUGACUUAAUAAAUUUGUUCCUCGAGUAGUCUUCAAAUCACAAAGUCUUAAAAAAUCACCUUAUUUCUGGAAAAAGUUUCUUAAAAUAAAAAUCGAAGAAAAGAUUAAAUUUUUUUGUGUGUGUUUUGAUGUUAUGUACUCAGGUGAAUAUAAUGUUUCUGAUGGUACUCUGAGUGUGUAUCCAUACCGGGCAGGCUGAAUACUAGUAGAGAGGUUAAGAUACCCCGGUUUCGGUGUAUUUGUACGGGUAGCAUGAUUUUGGUUAGCAAUAUUUUCGUCGAUGUCUGUACCUUUACUCGUAAUUAAGGUGCACAUUUUUCGCAUUAUAUCAUUGUCUAUUGCAAGAAAACAGAAAAAGUAUGAUCGAAUUACAGACAUCAGUAAAACAAGAUGACACUACUCGUACCCGUACACCGAAACCGGGGUAUCCUAACCUCUCUAUUAUCCCAAAGGUCGCGAAUUCGAUUCCCACCGUAGUCAGGCGAACUUUUCAGCCUGCCCGGUGUGGAUACACACUCAGAGUAACAUCCAAUCUCGUACCCAGAGUAUGCCCGUUCGCAGGUUAGGUACUGGGUCAUGCCCAGCAUUGAGUAACAUGAGAAACAACAUGAAAAAAAGAUUUCAAAUUUUACGAUAACUCAUUAUGCAGUGGGGCGCAGAAAAUUGUGUUAUUUGCAUAUCAAUAUCUCAAAAACGAAAAGUGAUAGGGAAAAACGUGAAAGAAUGUUAUAUGAUGGUUUUAAAAGUUCUUUCCAAUUAAAGUAUUCUUGGAAUAACGUACGUUUCGUGUCAAGGCCCUUAAAGUGCCCCUGACACAAAAAUUUUUUUUCAGUCUAUUGAAAGUACUCAUUUAGUAUAGUGUUCUAGCGAAAGAAUUUUUCGAUUUCAUCAAAACGAAAAAAUUUUAGAGCCGUUUGAAUCGAAAUAUUUUUGGCUAAUGGCCGUCGGCGACAGAAGUCUGGCACUAGCAUUUAUUCUGACGUCACGCAAGUGAGUCGAAUCUUGAUGCCUGUUAAAUUAUCUGUUUUAAUCAGCUCGAAGGUUUUGAUCGCUGAAGUGUUUAACUUUUUAUAUUCUAAGUUCUAUAAAGUAUCAUGUCAACAGAAUCAACAGAAUCAGUCCAAUGAUUCCGGAGCGAAUUUUAUACCUGGUUUAAAAUAUGUUGUAUUGGAAGAUGCUGAUCUGUAGCAUUCUGUAGCAUCUUGUCAGGUCUCUAGUGGUAUCAUUAAUAUUAGAGAGUUUGGCAAAUACAAGGGCAACGGCAACGGCAAUAUGGUCAUCAACAAUAGCAUUAAUCCUCAAAGACAAAGGCGAAUGUAAAUUACAUGGUCUUAAGCGUUGUACAAUGCCGUAGUUGUUGAAACUAGUACGUGAUUUGCAUAUUUUCACGGUGUAUGACUACGGCAACGGUUAAUUCGUUCGAUGUUAUUUGAGGUGUUUUAUUUGAAUUCGCGGACUAUUUUUACUUAAGGGUACGUUUGAAAGAAACAGGAAUACCUAAAGAGGCAAAGUAAGUGUAGUAACGUAUACUUUGGCUCAAAUACAACAAUAUACGCAAUUAUAUUUUCCCCGUUGCCGUUGUCGUUGCCGUUCUAGGUUGCCAAACUCUCUAUACCAAAUCUGCGACGCGGACGUGACGAAAAACUGCCGCUAUUAUCACAGUUUCACUUCACGGAUAAAAACUGUUGUUGGUAAACAAAGUCAGGGACACGAGAAAAACAAAGUAAAACUAGUCUCCCAUUUAUAUUAUUAUUUAUAGCGAUUGUUUUUUAGUCGCGCCAUGUCUCAGAUUUGGCGCAUAUUGCAUCUUUAAUAAGCUUCCUCCUAACGUAGACGUUCUAUGACUUUGCAAGGUUCAUAUCUCCGGUUCGGUGCAUGCUAUGAAGACGAAAUUACUACCAUUCGAUUCAGAGAAACAAAAUCUCCUUAUUUCUAAUGAUAGUUUUAGUCAAAUAUAGUUUUAGUCAAAUUGUAGUCAAAUAGCUAUUUAUGACCUUUGAGAGGUCAAGCGGUGUCAUAAUUCAUUUUAUUUUUUUUCUUGCGGUCCGAAGUCAUAUUUUACGCUUUUCUGCAAUCUGAUUGGCUACGUGAGCGGUCCGUAUGAGCCCGUACGGACCGCGCGAGAUUUAAAGACGUAGAGCCAAUGUUUUUAUUUUCCAAAAUUUAAAGACGAGUUUAAAGGCUACUUUUUAAAACAUUAAAAUGUCUGCAGACGAUGAAAAACACAGUGAAAACGAAUUUUACUAUCUCACAAAAGAUAUUUCUCUUCCCGAUAGCAUUGAUAGAAACGACGUUUUAUUUGGCAGAUUCAUUCGCGUGCGGGAGGAGUGAUUGGGGAAAUCCAGAGGAGGAAAUAAAAAAAAUAAAAAUAUUAUUUACCGGUAUGGUCGGUCCGUAUAGAGAAAUAUUUCUCUCGGUCUUAAAAACGUCCCUCGGCCUUCGGCCUCGGGCCGUUUUUAAGACCUCGAGAAAUAUUUCUCUAUACGGACCUCCAAUCCGGUAAAUAACAUAUAUAUAUUACUCAAUUAGUCUCGAACAAUGUAAAGUAGCCAUACCUUUAGCCGGCCAUAACUUCGGCCCCUUUGGACAUAUCUUUUUCGUAAUAGUCUUAUUCGAACCGGAAUCCGAAACACUAUUUAGAGUGUUAUUUUCAAGCUUGUGUCUUCAGAUUUGCAUCUUUUAUUUCGGUAUUACAAAAUAUUUAUAUUUUUGGCUGGCCGCAAAACCGAAAUACAAUUGCAAAUUGAAUCAUCAAAACAAAGCGAAUCAUCGUCAGUCUUUAUUAGUUUCAUGAUCAGAUAGUUAGGCUUGCCAAGCACUGGCAACGAAAAAAAUUGCCUCUCGUAAUCCUCUGUUCUACAAUGAUCCGAGCAUAUAGUCGAAGUCUUUGACGGCACAAACAAACGCUUUGCGCGUACAAAAUCAACCCAUACUUUUCUUCGUCUUUUAGCUUCCGCGUAUUCGUCAUUGAAGUAUGGAAUAUUGUGUAGACUUAUUCCAUCUUUUAAACAUGCUUUAUUGGUACAGUUAACUGCAACACAGUAAAAAGGCAUAUCUUUUUCGAUCACAAAUCUACCUAUAUAUCCGCCGAGAGUUUAUAGUGCUAGUAUAGUCGAAUAAUAGAAUAUACGCCGACUCACUUGCGUGACGUAACAAAAAUCGCUCGUUCCAGUUUCCUUCGAACACGGACGCCUGCCAACCAAAAGCCCAAAUUUUGCGUGUUCAAACGGCUCUAAAAAUUUUUCGUUUUGAUGAAAUCGAAAAAUUCUUUCGCUAGAACACUAUACUAAAUGAGUACUUUCAAUAGACUGAAAAAAAAUUUUUGUGUCAGGGGCACUUUAAUAAAUUUAUGUUCUUUUUAACAGGCAACCAUACAUUAACGGUAACAGCGUCCAACGAUAUUAACUCGGUGAAUGCAAGCCAAAAUGUAACCGUAGUUGUUGACAUCAAAAAUCUUACAUUCGUCGAUGACCCAAUGCUGAAGCCUGGUGAAGUAAACAAAUCAUAUCUGGUCCGUGUUUCUCUUGAAGCUGGGGAUAGUCCAACAUUUCAUGUUGAAUUUGGAAACAAUGUCUCGCUGUUCUCUUCGUGUGAUGACUUGGGGAGGAAGACAAUCGAAGCCAAUAUCAC